AAUAUCAGCAGACAAAACAGCAGAGGAUCCUUCAAAACAACAUUUGAGAAGAGAUAAAACUUGAGGAGAACUGUCACUUAGCGAAGAUGAAAGCCAUGCCAAACUAAAUACUUGUUCGUUGACAAAGCCCGUUCACCUGAGAACUCAUCAUCAAAGUGCUUGUUUCGGAGGCCAUGUCAGAAGUCAUUUGCAAUGCGCUGCUCAAGCAACACGGGCAGUUUAACCUCAGUUCGACUCCAAUUGGACAUACUUAACAGCGUAGUGGAGGUUUAUUUUUAAAAGGAAGCCAGUGAGGCAGAAACCAGUUAUCUUCAAAAUGAAUGAAACUCCACUGAUCAGGAAGGAGGAGCCUAUCCCAGAAUGCAAGAUACCAAUGAAUGUACCAGUUCCUGUCAAGUACAGCUUGCGCAUACUUGCGUUGGUGUUUAUUCUGCUUCAGAAGUCAUGGAUGUCUCUGACAGCAACAGCUGUAAUAUAUACAGUAGUGUACAUUGUCUUUGGAGGUUUUAUUUCUUUCCUGCUCUUAUUUUGUUGCAUAUUAUUAAUUCUGUAUUAUGCUCAAGAUGGUCUUCUGUAUUACCCUCAUGUACCUAAGAAUUCUCGUGCAGUUGUGCUAGAACCAACAAUGUUAGGUCUGCCUAGUGAGACCGUGUAUAUCAGAAGUGCCGAUGGAACGCUCCUCCAUUGCUUUCUGAUUCGUCAACCAGAACCAGCCUGUACAAAGGCACCUACUAUUUUAUUUUUGCAUGGAAAUGCAGGCAACAUAGGCAAUCGAUUACCCAAUGUUGUUGGUCUUUACAAAUUGUUAGGGGCAAAUAUAUUUAUGCUUGAGUACCGUGGGUUUGGCCUGUCAGAAGGUAAACCUUCUGAAGGAGGGUUUUAUGCUGACGCAAGAGCAGCAUUAAAUUAUCUUCAUUCUCGAAACGAUAUCAACAGCAAAGAAAUAAUACUAUUCGGACGCUCAUUAGGUGGUGCAGUGGCCAUUGAUGUAGCAUCUUGUCCAAAUUAUUCAUCUAAAAUUUGGGCUCUUGUUGUGGAGAACACAUUCACUAGUGUCCCAGACAUGGCUAAAAUCCUUAUUGGAUCGUAUUUGGGAUUUUUACCCAUGUGGUGUCACAAAAACAAGUUCCUGAGUUUUAACAAAGUGAGACGCAUCACUUUACCCAGUCUUUUUCUUUCUGGCCUCUCUGAUGAUCUUGUCCCACCAUCAAUGAUGGAGUGCCUAUAUGAGUGUUGUGCAUCAUCGCUGAAACAAAAGUUUGUAUUCCCCAAUGGAACUCACAAUGAAACAUGGAGAUGCCAAGGGUAUUUCCACGUAUGGAUGGGUUUACUGGUGGAACUUCGAAAGAGAGAUGCAAACUUAGCUGACCAAACCACAACACGAGCUCAACCUUUAAUACAUUCAGUCAUAGAAACUGUGUAAUGGAAGAAAGUCUUGGAUUGAAGAAAUAAUACUUCCCAUGUUGUAAGAAAAUAAAAUAGGAUAUGGUUAUAAUUUAUUACAUGGCCUAAAUAUUAUCAAUCUUUUAUUAAAUUUCCUGUGAGUUAUUGACCAAUUGCUUCUGAAAGUGGGUUGAUUUUUACCCACUUUCUCAUGGAAUUUUUAAUUGAAGGGGAUCUUCUAGAAGUCUGUUGAAGGGGAUUUUGCCUAAACCUCUAUCAAGGAAUUGGAUUUUGGUGCAUUGACCUAACAUUGUCUGAUGAUGUAGGCUUUCUUUUUCUCUGUAAAUAACACCAACUUAUACUUUACGGAAAAUAUUUUGUGAUAUGUUGGCAUAGACUGAUAAUAGUAGCUAUAUUUCAAGUUGUCAACAGAAACAUGAAUGUUUGCCUCACUUUAAGCCCAUUUCAGGAGCUACUUUAUUUUAGGUACAGUUUGUCCUUUGUUUUGGUGAUUAGAAGCCCAUUCAAUUGGUCCAUGUAUAUUCUUUUUUGCUUAUCUGUGAUUUGUAAUUGUAAUUAUGUAACCAAUUAAUAAAAGAUAAAUAUAAUUGUG